CAAAAACAAUCUAAAAGAAAAUACCACUACUCAAUCCCCAUCAUAUCUGCUUCUGUGUGACCCAAACACAUACACACACACAACCAAAAACAUACACACACAUAGAAAGAGAGACUCUAGAAUGGCUCUUAGAAUGUGGGCUUCUUCUACAGCCAAUGCUCUAAGGCUAUCUACUGCAACAAGACCUCAUUUCUCCCCUCUUGCCAGAUGCUUCUCUUCUGUAUUGGAUGGGCUCAAGUAUGCAAAUUCACAUGAAUGGGUGAAGCAUGAAGGCUCUGUUGCCACUAUUGGUAUUACUGACCAUGCUCAGGACCAUCUUGGAGAGGUUGUGUUUGUGGAUUUGCCUGAAACCGGAGCCUCAGUGAGCAAAGCAACUGGAUUCGGAGCAGUAGAGAGUGUCAAAGCCACCAGUGACAUUAACUCCCCGAUCUCCGGAGAGAUUGUUGAAGUGAACUCUAAGCUGUCCGAGACCCCUGGUUUGAUCAAUUCAAGCCCAUACGAAGAUGGAUGGAUGAUUAAGGUGAAGCCCAGCAACCCAUCAGAAUUGGAAUCUUUGAUGGGUUCGAAAGAGUAUACGAAGUUCUGUGAGGAAGAAGACGCUUCUCACUAGACUUGAAUAUACAUGAUGAUGUCCUACGAAUUUUUUCAGUUUCUUCCUCAACUUCGACUAACUGAAAUCUCAGUUGUUUCAAAUAAAUCAUAUUAUUCGAAGGUUUGAUGUUGAUCAA